AUGUCAUAUUUCACUGUCUCUUUGCCCGACAUCUACAGCGUGUUGGACACCAUUCUUCUGCGUGAAUAUAGUGGCCGCUUAUUGCAAGACAUGUAUCCCAAGUCUGGCGUUCAAAGUGCUUUCAUGGCUGGUAUAUUUAACACUGAAUUUCGUGAAGCAUUUCGACGAAUAAUAGUGAGUUAUAUCGCUCGCGACCAGUGCUGUAACAACAGCGCCGACAGACAACGGUGUUCCUCACGCUCUGGUGCUGACAAUGUUGGUGUAGCGCCGGGUGGUCACGGCUUUUCAUUAUCACCUCACCAUCCCAUGACCCCUGGUAUGCAAAACAUGAGCUCUGGUGAUAUGCUUCCGGUGCCCAUUUGUGACAAAAUAGAGAUCACACCAAAUCUUUCCGACGGAAAGAUAACAGAUAUCUGACCAAAAAGUGUCGUCAAACAAGAGAGUGUUGUUUGUUAUGUGGAUAUAAUAUAAAUAUAUUGUUAUUUUAGUACAAAUGAUGACUUUU